UUUCGAUACUCGGUAUGAUGAAUUGUACGACGUCGAAAUAUAUGCAAGGAAAGUGAGCUCACUGCUGUUACCUAACUGCAUUUCGCACCCCGAGAUCCACUCGCCGACCACCGAGUAGCCAAUCAGAAUAAUUCUUUUUGCGAGCCGGCCUUCCAUUUCCCCUAGCCACCUUAGCCACGCAUCAUUCGAUACGUGAGAAAUUCUUCCUAAUCAGCUAAGAUUGACUGGAAACCGAGUCAACGGCCACCAAAUCAGAUCAAUUCGAACUACCACAGCCUGCACAACCACCACCACCGCCCGCCAAACACCACACCACACACCCAUACCCAAUCUCGAAAUAAUUUCUUUUAUUUCUUUUAACAUAACAGGGACGAAGGAUAGAAAAGGACUAAACGAACAAAUACGACACUUAUCUUUAAUUCUCGUCGACUUACCCGAUUAAACCGCACCUCUCCACUCGACUAAUUUUCUUUUUUUUUCUUCCUUCAAUCUCCCCUCACCUAAUUAAAAAAUAUUAUGUCCUCGAUGUCGCUCCUCAGAAUCGCCUCGCGCGGGCCUUCUAAGACCUUUUUCCGUGCCAACCGACCUGUCGCACCCACCCGAUCCAGUGCAUCUUUCGUUCCUGGCUUAAUCGCUGGCUCUAGCCUUAACUUCAGCACAACCGUGUCCCGAAGUUCGGCUGCGCACCACGAAGAGACAUUCGAGGAAUUCACUGCUAGGUACGAGAGUGAAUUUGAGAAGGUGCAAGAUGUUUUCGAGCUUCAGCGUAACUUAAACAACGCAUUCGCCUACGAUCUCGUCCCCUCCCCCUCAGUCGUCGAGGCCGCCCUCCGCGCCGCCCGCCGCGUAAACGACUUCCCCACCGCCGUCCGCAUCUUCGAAGGCAUCAAGGCCAAGGUCGAAAACAAGGACCAGUACCAACAGUACCUCGACGAGCUCAAGCCCCUACGCGAAGAGCUUGGUGUCCUCCUGAAGGAAGACCUAUACCCCGAAGGCCCCAAAUAGAGUCCUCCCUCUCUCAUUUCCACUACUCACUAGUCAUUCAUCAUUCAUCGUCAUUUUCCGUCUAAAGCAUUUAAGAACGAAGGGUUGAAAAGGAACGGCGCGAGGAAAGAGGUGUCGUGUCUGGUAGUUCAGGGGCGCGACGGCGAAGAGAACAAACAGGGAGAGGCCAUGCGCGGAUAAGGAAAAAAUAUAAACAGCAAAAAUCCGACGUAGGCCUCGAUCUUGGAUGGAUGGGUUUCUACCGUCGCGAUGUGUAUAUGUCUACGAACCUCUACUACAUCCCAAUAAAUAACAAAUUAACAACUGAA